AUGAACGGUGGCACUUCUAGCAAGAGACGAGUAGAAGCCCCGGCAGAGGGACAGAGCAGCGGCAUCGGCAAGAGGCAGAAUAUCAGCAUGGGGAUGGACACCCUCGACUGCCCCGUCUGCUUUCAUACGCUCGGACCUCCUAUAUACCAGAAAGAAGAGCACGAGAAGGCAUGCCCGCGCGCCCCAUGUUUCUGCCCGGCGUCCAGCUGCAGCUUUGCUGGGGCAAUAGACGCCCUCCUUGAACAUUCCGCCUCCGAGCACAAGUGGCCGUGUACAACCAUCAAGUACUCCGAAGAUGUUGAGCUCUGCCUAGAACCAGGUCUACAUUUUCUUCGUACCAAAGACAGAGAAAUUUUCCUGCUCAACGUGGCACUAGAGCUGUACGGGCAUGCCAUCUCUGUCGUCUGCAUCCAACCUAAAGCUAUAAACUCCAAGUUCAAGUGUAGGAUGUCCUAUGGUUCCUUUUUGAACGACUAUUACCAGAGAUCAGUUUACGAGAUACGAAGCUCAUCGUUAUUUGAUGGGCUACCAAAGGGAUACAACUUAAUUCUGCCCAAGGAUGAGAUAACUGAUGAUGGAAAGGGUACCUUGCUUACGUUCUUCAUUGAUGAUCCUAAUCCUAAAGUAAAGGUGCGUGAACCCAUACGUCUGAAACCAGUACGCGGUGUAUGA